ACGCGCAGACAGCAGAGAGCAGCUGCAGCGGCCAGACGAGCUCGCGCGCGCGUGCGUCCCACUGCAUAUUCACCAGAUACACCUCGAUCACCCAUACAGAGCUCCUGAAUUAACCGCUGUUUAAACAUGGUCGACCGCGAGCAGCUGGUUCAGAAAGCCAGACUGGCCGAGCAGGCUGAGAGGUAUGACGAUAUGGCUGCUGCCAUGAAAUCGGUAACAGAGCUGAACGAGGCCCUUUCCAACGAGGAGAGGAACCUGCUGUCUGUGGCCUACAAGAACGUGGUGGGCGCACGCCGUUCCUCCUGGCGCGUCAUCUCCAGCAUCGAGCAGAAGACCUCCGCUGACGGCAAUGAGAAGAAAAUCGAGAUGGUCCGCGCUUACCGUGAGAAAAUCGAGAAGGAGCUGGAGGCCGUGUGCCAAGACGUGCUCAACCUCCUCGACAACUUCUUGAUCAAGAACUGCAGCGAAACCCAGCAUGAGAGCAAAGUCUUCUACCUGAAGAUGAAGGGCGACUACUACCGUUACCUGGCGGAGGUGGCCACGGGUGAAAAGAAAGCCACAGUGGUGGAGUCUUCUGAGAAGGCCUACAGCGAGGCCCAUGAGAUCAGCAAAGAGCACAUGCAGCCUACGCACCCCAUCCGUCUGGGUCUGGCGCUCAAUUACUCCGUCUUCUACUACGAGAUCCAGAACGCACCCGAGCAGGCCUGCCAUCUGGCCAAGACGGCUUUCGACGACGCUAUCGCCGAACUGGACACCCUGAACGAGGACUCCUACAAAGACUCCACGCUCAUCAUGCAGCUCCUGCGAGACAACUUGACGCUCUGGACGAGUGAUCAACAAGACGACGAGGGAGGCGAAGGCAACAAUUAAACAUUGAAGAAAAGAGAAGAUCUUUGAGACCCUUUUCCUCUCAGCCGUAACAUAAAACACGCGUGCUCACACAACAAAGAAAAACAAAAAAGUAUAAGUUACAUGAAAAAUUCACAAAAGGGGGCAUGAUGGAACUGUGUCAGCCAUGUUUGCUGAUUGCAAAGCAACGCAGUUUUCUUUAUUAUCCACAAAAUUACAAUUGAGAGAAAUAUGCUAGUUAUAAAGAACGGUAUAUCUAAAAAAAAAUUAAGUAGAAGCUUAAAAAGAAGAAAUUAAACCUCUCUUUCUGGGACGUUGACUCAACACUUUGAGGAAGAAGCUUGUCAGUACAUAAGUCGUUUCUAAAUGACUGAAGGGUUACGCUGAACCCACCGGUAUAGGUACUGAUCUUGUAGUGAAAUACGAAGUGGAGCUGCUUAUAUUCAUUUACAUUGUGAGUAAAGAGUACUUUAAAGUGACAAGAGUGGGCUUAACUGACAAAAAAAAAAAAAAAAAAGGUGAAACCUUGAAUGUUCUCGCCUCGCAAAAGUAGGUAUUUGCAAACAGGCUACACUGGGCGUAAACGGUCGUGUUUUUGUCUGAUAUACGUUCAUAGGGAUUCUGAAUGGCAUCCACUAAUGUCUGAAAGUCGUUUACGUCAAACUGGUUAUCUGUGCCAUUUAUGCUACACAUCGUUAGUAUCCAUCUCACCUCGGAACUACACAAAACUACUGUAUUACAGUAAUGUUGAUUAGGUAAAUAACAGUUAAGAUUCCCUAGUAAAAAUAUCACCUUUUCAAUCUAAAGCUAAAACCGUUUUCCAAUCGUUAUUAUUAUCAUUAUUAUUAUUAUGGAUACCGUUUCAAAAUUAAUCAAGCCUGACCCACACUAUACAAGAAAAAUUAGAUUUGAUUUGAGUUGUUCUAAACAUUAUCGAUAAAAAACAAAAACAAAUGACGGUACAGGCAAGAAAUAAAAUUUACCAAAAGAAAGAACAAACUAAAAUGCUCAUUGCUUAGCAGAAAAGCAAUGCCCAAUCACUUGGUUUGAUACACUCAAUUAAUAUUACUGGUACCAUAGACUAUGUUUUGUUAUUUAGUUAAUUUAGUUUGAGUUUUUGACAGUACACUGGCAUAAAAUUGCUUUGGUUAUUUUUAUUUUUAUUUUUUUAUUCCCAUGAAAUGCACUUGCCUAUUAUACUGUUUCUCAGUGUAGGACGAUUACAGCUCCAAUAUUCUUCAUUAUACAAUAUUGUGCAUGCUAGUGAUGUAUUUAUAUACCAUAGCUUGACUUUAUUAACUUUAAAAACUGUAGAUGUUAUGUAUUCAUAUGAACAGGAAAUGACAAGAAUUGAAUCUGUUUAUUUUCUAUUUAUUACUUUCUAUUGGAUUGUUUCAAUCUGUUAUGAUUUUUUUCCUUGCUGAAGUACGCUAUACCAAAACAGUGUGUGUUUACCAUGAAUUAAUCUGUUAUGGAUGUUGCUCUAGUGACAUGUGAUUCUUGUAUUUGGUUUUUAAUAAACAAAAAAGGGAGUGAAAAGACAAAAAAAAGAAAAGAACAAAAAGAGAAAACACCACUUCUGGUGUUUUUUUUUUGUCAGGGUAAAUUAUAAUUACAUUGUGAAACAAUUAACGUAGUUCUUUAAAAUCAUUUUCUGUGCUUUCUUCUGUCAAAUUCUACUGUGAGAUAUUUGAGAUUUGCUGUAAUAUCAGUGUUUGUUUUUUUUCCUCAGAAUCUGUUUCUGUAAGAACAUGGAACAUUACCUAUUCUUAUUAUUUCUGUUUUUCUUUUUCCUCGUCUAUUGGUAUCUUAAAUGUAAGUCAAGUAGCGGUUGCACAAAAUAAACAUAAUGAUAAUAAUAAUGAUACUUAAAAAAUAAAACAUGACUGUGCUCUUCUAACCAACA